AUGGACGAUUCGAUAUUGGAUGAUUCCGUCUUUGAGGAUGACGGAAGCUCUGACUUUGAGCCAGCCCCCAAGCCCAAGGCGAAGGCGGCCCCCAAGAAAGCAACUGCGCCUAAGAAGAUGACGCAAACAACCCUCACAAGCAAAGCGACCGGAAAGGCCGCGGCUUCAAAGAAGCGCGCCAAGCCGGACAGCGACGACGACGACGACAUGUCAGACGGCGAUCAGCUCGAUGAUGACGACUCCGUCCUGUCACAUACACCCCCGAAGAAGGCGAAGAAAGCCCCCGCAGCGAAGAAGGGCGGCUCCAAGCCUCUCGCAGACCUGGAAAAUGAAUCCUUCACGAACGAUGCUGACGCCGGCCCCAAGGACUCGAAGGACUCGAACGUAUCAGAGAAGUACCAGAAGGCAAGUUGCCUUACACAACUUGAACAUAUCAUUAAACGUCCGGAUACAUAUAUCGGGUCCAUCGAACGUACUUCACAAUUAAUGUGGGUGUACAGUUCGGAGUCGGAGGGGAUGGAGUACCGUGAGGUCUCGUAUGUCCCUGGUCUCUACAAGAUUUUCGAUGAAAUCGUCGUGAACGCCGCCGAUAACAAACAAAAUGAUUCUAAUAUGGAUGAAAUGCGUGUCACCAUUAACCGGGAAACCGGUGAAAUCAGCGUGUGGAACAACGGCCGCGGUAUUCCAAUCGAGAUGCACGCGAAGGAGAAGAUUUACGUGCCGGAACUCAUUUUCGGUCAUUUGCUCACCUCGUCCAACUACGAUGAUACCCAGCAGAAGGUCACUGGUGGUCGUAACGGUUACGGUGCCAAGCUCUGUAACGUCUUCUCCACCGAGUUCAGCAUCGAGACUCAGGACUCGCGGCAGAAGAAGAAAUACAAGCAAACAUGGACCAACAACAUGACAAAGAUGGGCAAGGCGAAGAUUACCGACGCCAAGGGCGACGACUACACCAAGGUCACCUUUAAGCCAGAUUACGCCAAGUUUGGAAUGGACGGCAUGGAUAACGAUUUCGAGGCCCUUGUGAAGCGUCGUAUUUACGAUUUGGCGGGAACCGCGAAAGUGGCGGUCAAGUUGAACGGUAGCCGGGUGCCCGUCCGCAACUUCAAGAAGUACAUGGAAAUGUACACCAAGGCGAUUCGCCGGGAACGUGGGGAUGAUGGCCCUGCUCCCAAGGAUGAGAUCAUCACCUGCAGCCCCGAUCCUCGCUGGGAGGUUGGCUUUGCUGUCUCGGACGGUUCCUUCCAGCAGGUGUCGUUCGUGAACUCCAUUGCGACGACCUCCGGUGGUACCCACGUCAACUACAUUGCCGACCAGAUCUGUUCCAAAUUGGCCGAUCAAGUGAAGAAAAAGAACAAGAAUGGUGCCACGUUGAAGCCAGCUCAGAUUCGGAAUCACAUCUUCAUUUUCGUCAACGCGCUGAUUGUCAACCCGGCCUUCACCUCUCAAACCAAGGAGCAGCUGACCACCAAGUCAUCUCAAUUUGGCAGCAAAUGUGUUCUCGAAGAUGACUUCUACAAGAAGAUCUUGAAGACGGACGUCAUGUCGAAUAUUCUGCAUUUCGCUCAGCAAAAGGCCGACCAGAUGCUGAAGAAGACCGAUGGUGGUCGCCGCACUCGCAUGAACAAUCCCAAGCUGACCGAUGCAAACAAGGCUGGUACCAAGGAUGGCCAUCAUUGUACCCUGAUUCUGACAGAAGGUGACUCGGCCAAGGGUCUGGCCAUGGCCGGCCGUGCGGUGGUCGGUCCAGAUCUCUUUGGUGUUUUCCCCCUUCGAGGAAAGCUGCUCAACGUCCGUGAUGCCACUUUCGAACAGAUCUCGAAGAACGCAGAAAUUCAGAACAUUAAAAACUUCCUUGGUUUGCAGCACAAGAAAGAAUACACGGACACCCGUGGGCUGCGUUAUGGACACUUGAUGAUCAUGACCGAUCAGGAUCAUGAUGGUUCUCACAUUAAGGGUUUGCUCAUUAACUUUUUGCAAGCUCAAUUCCCGAGCUUGUUGAAGAUUCCCGAGUUUCUCAUCGAGUUUAUCACCCCUAUUAUUAAAGUGUGGAAGGGUGACCCGAAAAAUCCGACGAAACAGCGCUCGUUCUUUACCAUGCCUGAGUAUGAAGCCUGGAAAGAGGAGCACAGGCACGAACGCGGCUGGGACCACAAGUACUACAAGGGUUUGGGUACCAGUACCACCGAAGAUGCACAAGUCUACUUCCGUGACCUUGACCGCCAUCUCAAGGAGUUCCACACCAUGCAGGACAACGAGGUGGGGCUGAUUGAGCUUGCGUUCUCCAAGAAGAAGGCCGAUGAGCGAAAGGAAUGGUUGCGUCAGUUCAAGCCAGGUACUUUCUUGGAUCACUCCGUGUCCAAGAUUACUUACACCGACUUCAUCAACAAGGAGCUCAUCCUGUUCAGUAUGGCGGACAAUAUCCGUUCGAUUCCUUCAGUCGUGGAUGGCCUCAAGCCCGGUCAACGUAAGGUUCUCUAUACCUGUUUCCGCCGCAACUUGAAGAAGGAUAUGAAGGUGGUCGAGUUGGCGGGUCACGUUUCGGGUAUGACUGCGUAUCAACACGGUGACGCCUCCCUGCAGCAGACCAUCGUCGCUCUGGCACAGAGCUUCGUUGGGUCCAACAACGUCAACUGUCUGGAGCCCAGUGGCAACUUUGGUAGUCGUCUUCAGGGUGGAUCCGACGCUGCCAGUGCUCGUUAUAUCUACACUCGUCUGUCGCCGUUCGCCCGACGUGUCUUCCAUCCUCAUGACGAUCCCCUACUUACGUACAAUGAGGAUGACGGGGCCAAGAUUGAGCCGGAAGUCUACGUGCCCGUGGUUCCCAUGCUCCUGGUCAACGGUACUGACGGUAUCGGUACCGGCUGGAGUUCAUCCAUCCCCAACUACAACCCCGAGGACAUCGUGGACAACCUCAAGAGACUUAUGGACGGAGAAGAAAUCCGACCCAUGCAGCCAUGGUUCCGCGGAUUCACCGGUGAAGUUACCGAUAUCGGUGGCGAUCGCUACAAGUUCAGUGGUAUCAUCAAAGAGACCGGCGAGAAGGAAGUUGAAAUCACCGAACUUCCUAUCCGGACCUGGACCCAGGACUUCAAGGACAAGCUGGAGGAGAUCAUCAAAGCUGAAAAGGCCCCCUCAUUCAUCAAAGACUACAAGGACUACAACACCCAUACCAAGGUACAUUUCGUCAUCCAGUUGGAUGAGAAGAACAUGAAGGGUGCUCUGUCGGAAGGCUUAGAGGAGAAGUUCAAGUUGUCUAAAACGGUGGCGACCACCAACUUGGUGGCUUUCGACCCAGAAGGUCGCAUCACGAAGUAUGCCACGGUUGGGGACAUCCUCAAGGAAUUCUAUACCUAUCGCCUAAAGUUCUACGAGAAGCGCAAGCAGCAUCAGCUCUCGCAGCUCCAAAAGGAGCUCGACAAGCUCAGCAACCAGGCGCGGUUCGUCCAGGAGAUCAUCGAUGGGAAGUUGGUCAUCUCCAAGAAGAAGAAGACUGUCCUGGUCCAGGAACUGAAAGAUCAAGGGUACAAGGCAUUCCCUAAGGUGGCCGAAGCCGUCAAGGCUGGAGAACAAGAACCGGUCGUCGAGGAAGAGAGCGAGGAGUCUGACUCUCAGGACACCGAAGUCCUCUCUAAUGCCUACGACUACCUUUUGGGCAUGCCCAUUUGGUCUUUGACGCAGGAGCGUGUCGAAAAGCUCCGCCGCCAGAUUGGCGACAAGGAGGUUGAGGUCGACGCGUUGAUCAAGAUGUCCAAGGAAGAUAUCUGGAAGCAUGACCUGGAUGAGUUCAUCGCUGAAUGGAGAUUCCAGCUCGAGGAUGAACAUCGUCGCCUGCGUAAGGUGGCUAUGAUGGGUCGGCGCACCUCCUCGAAGCUCAUGACGACGGCGGGCCGUGGAGCAGGAGCGAAGAAGCGCAAGGCCGCCCUUGGAGAUGAUCCGGAUGAUGAGGACUUUGCUGCGCCUAAGACGAAGAAAUCCGCUGCGGCCAAGAAGCUGCGCCUAAGGGAGGCCUCCUCAGAGGAAGAUGACUUCGACGACGACUUCGAUCUGGAAGUAAUUCCCAAGAAAAACCGUGGAGCGUCUAAGUCUCCCAAGGAGGAGGAUGAAGAUGAGGAUAUGGGUCUAUCAGAAGUCGAAGAGGUCAUUCCUAAGAAGAGUCGUGCAGCACCCAAAGCCGCCGCUAAAACCGCUUCCAAAGCGAAAGAAGUGGAUGAGGAUGUAAUGGAAGUCGAGGCACCUCCCAAGAGAGGCCGUCCAGCGGCCAAGGCCAAGCCUAAGCCUAAGCCCAAGGACGACGAGGACGAGGACGAUCUUGAUGAUGACGACUUCAUGGAGAUCACGAAGGCCGAGGCUGCCAAGUCGUCCGCUCCCCCUAGCCGGUCUCGCAAACCUGUCAAGUAUACCUUGAGCGACUCUGACAGUGACAACGGAGAUGAUCUCCUGGGUGAUGUCAGCCAAAUGGUCAAGGGCAUCGGCGCCAAAGACAGCACUACGGCCGACUCCCACCAGCCUCCCAAGACAUCGAGGAUCUCGUCUGAUCUCGACGAUGAGACUGAUUACGGGAAACUCUUGCCCUCAAAAUCUCCACGGCGAUCGCUGCUAGUGAAGCCCAAGGAAGUGAAGGUGUCGGAUGAUAACGUCGCCGACGAGGAUGACGAUGAGCCUGUGAAGCCCGCCGCGAAAGCUAAGCCCGCCGCAAGGGGCAAGGCGGCAGCCACUGCCGCCAAGCCGACCGCUACGAAGGCGCGCGGUCGUCCCAAGAAGGAUGCUGCUGCUGUCGCUAAGCCGGCUGUAGCCACCAAACAAACCACUCUGUCCCCUGCUGCCAAGGCAUACGCUUCCAAGCAAGCGAAAACCACUGCCCGGAAGAAACAGUUAGCGGAUGACUUGUCCGAUGACGAUAUUGACGCCAUGGCCAAUGAUAUCUUGGACUCUCCCGCUGGGGGCAAGAAGGCCGCCGAUUCCGAAGAUGAAGAGGUGCGUCCUGCUCGGAAACCCGCUGGUCGGCCUGCGCGACGGACUGCAGCAGCCAAGAAAACGUACGUGAUCGAGGAUGACAGCGAGGACGGAGGAGACGCCUCGGAAGAUGAUUUCGAGGACAGCGAGUGA